GCUAAGGAGUGCGAGGAAGGACAAAAAGGAUCCUCGUCGCACACGCCCCCAUUGGUGUCCCUUGUGUGCCGGGGUGCUGGCUGUGAAGGCAGCCGGGUCCAUCCGGGAGGAUGGAGGAGAAGCCGUCCGCCAGCCUUAAGCCCUACCUGGACAAGCUCACCCUGGGGGUCACACGGAUACUGGAGACUUCCCCAGGAGUUGCUGAGGUGAAGUUUGUGGAAAAGGAGCCAGCUGAACACCACACAAUCAUUUCAUGGGAGCAAAAAAACUCCUGCAUAUUGCCAGAGGAUUUAAAGAACUUCUAUCUAAUGACCGAUGGCUUUCAGAUGACCUGGAGUGUGAAGACCGAUGGCAAGUCAAUUCUUAUUGCAGAUACACCAAUGCCGCUGGGCUCCAUGGUGAUUAAUAGUGUCUCGAAGCUAUGUCGGCUUGGAGGUUCCUCUAUGUACACUCUGCCUAAUGCACCAACUCUUGCUGACCUGGAAGAUGACACAGGCGAGGAAGGUAACAUCCUAUUAACAGGCCAUGGAGACAAACCAGAGAAGCCACACUUUGAUUCUCGUAGUCUCAUCUUUGAAUUAGACCCAUGCAAUGGGAACGGGAAAGUUUGUCUUGUUUAUAAGCAUGCUAAACCAGUUGUCUCCUCAGACACAGAGAUAUGGUUCCUGGACAGAGCUCUAUAUUGGCACUUCCUCACCAAAACCUUCACAGCCUACUACCGCCUGCUCAUUACUCACCUGGGUCUUCCACAGUGGCAGUACGCCUUCACCAGCUAUGGGGUCAGCCCACAGGCCAAGCAAUGGUUUAACAUGUAUAAACCCAUAACCAUCAACAUGUCUCUCUCUGAAGAAGCUGAUUUCUUCGUGAACAAAUUGGACCCCAAUAAAGUAUUUAAAAGCAAGAACAAAACACCAGUGAUCAAAAAGAAACAACUUUCUCAGCCAUCAGGCUCCCAAAAGAGUCACACGAGCAUGACCUCCUCCAAGACAUCCUCGCUAGCUGGGAAUUCUUCAAGGAAGUGAGACCCCCAGAUCUGACCAUGAACAGUAUUUUCAACAAGCUUUGAUGUUCUCUGAUGCAGAGUCAGUGGUUCAUAUGGAGUUCCUUGUGCAUUAAUAGAUGUGCCCAUGGAAAACACGUUGCAGCAUUUGCAUGAAAUAAAGCCACAAUGUACUUUGACAUGGGAGGGAUGUAGUUCCUUGAGACUGGGAGAAAAAAACCUGAGACACUGAUUUAAUUUCCUUCUGCUACUUGCAGCAUGUACUUUCCAGGGGGCAUGAAGAAGCCGCUGAUGUCACUGCUGUAUUGGGAAGCUUUUGUUCUUAAACAACUACGGCAGUGAAAUGAAAGCAGGUGUAAGUCACCAUUAUUUUAAUAGACCUAUGCUGAAAUACAGCGUAUGAAGAUA